AUGCGCCAUGGACCGUCAGAGACGUCCCCUCUCCUCAGCCCACGAUGCGGGGAGGUCAUCGACCUAUCCCCUGGCAACAGUAGAGGGGGACAAUGGGUGUCGCACGAGACAGUCAACCUUAUUCUCAUGCUGCUGCUCCUCUGCAUCUCUUUCGGCGACCAGAUAUCGGAGAGCCCUCAAGUCCGUAUCUUCGAGAGUGUGAUCUGUUACAAGCACUAUGAGAGUGUGGAUCCUAGCAAGAUACUGAUAAGCAGAGAGGCUGUUGGACCGGGUGCCAUAGGGGGCGUCGCGGAGCUGCAUUGCAAGGUGAAUGCGGUACAAGAGCAAUUGGCCGAGCUACGUGGAUACCAGCAGUUCUUCGAUGGCAUUCCGUCACUCGCACUCGCCGUCCCAUUCGGCUGGGUUGCGGACAGAUAUGGAAGGAAACCAUUGUUCUUCCUUGGCUUGCUGUCAUUUGCGUUCAAGAUGGGCUGGAUGCAGCUUGUCACUUGGUUCUGGCAAGCUUUCGACGUCCGCCUGUCGUGGCUGUCCACUUUCCAUGCCCUGUUGGCCGGAGGGUCGCCUUCGUCGCUGCGUGCUGCCGCGUUCUUACGAGCGGGCGCUGUCAAUGUCUCGGCCACUCUCCUCAUGCCACCUCUUGCGGCAUGGCUGAUGCGAUACACCCCGUGGAUUCCCUCCAUCAUUGGAACUAUCCUAAUGGCUCUGCCCAUCAUAGCCUAUCCGUUGAUCCCGGAGACGCUGGGCUUCCGACAUACAGCGCUUUCUCCACCCGACACGCAGCCGCCUACACCUUGUGGGGAGUCAGCUCCAGCACCACCGGAUCUGUCGACCAAUCCGCCACCCAUUAACGCCGAUUUCGCUGCACCCAUCACCACGAAAGUCAUAGAAGCCACCUCCCUUCUUACGCAGGACUGGAGAGUGCCAGCACUUAUUUUGACCUUUAUCAGCCAUCUAAUCAUCAUGUCUGCCUCCGCCUUCAUCAUGCAAUACGUGAGCAAGCGUUACAGCCUGACCUUCGCCAACGCCACGCUACUCAUGACCAUCUUCAGCGGCGUUAAAGUCCUACUACUCUCGGCAAUCCUACCGUGGCUCUCUAAGGCAGUGAUGCAGUGCUUGCACCUCUCCAGCCAACAGAAGGACCUCUAUCUGGCUCGUGCGAGCCUGCUCCUAACAGCGCUCGGAACGACGAUGAUCGGGCUGGCCCCGAACGUUCCCACUGUAGCGAUCAGCAUGGCCAUCACUUCGCUUGGCCUUGGCGCUCAUAUUAUGAUACGAAGCUUCUUGACUUCGCUAGUACCUGCGCAUCACAUUGCACGUGUGUUCAGCAUCGUCAGCAUUGUGGAUACCCUGGGCAGCAUGUUCGGCGGUGCGCUGUUGGCAGGUCUGUUCAAGCGAGGCAUGCAGUUGGGAGGAGUCUGGAUUGGGAUGCCUUUCUUCUUUAUUGGGAUGCUUAGCGCGGCGUUUGCGGUGUUGCUGUUUAUUGUGCGGAUACGACCGGAAGAAGGCAAGCUCGUGCAAGAGGAUGACGACGAGGACGACAACGACAUUUAG